AGGCCCUUAUCUAAAGUCUCUCUCCAGCUCUCCUGAAGGCCCUUUAGCCACUGGAAGGGGCUCUAAGGUCUCGGCACACCUUCUCUAACCCAGGCCCAACACCCCCAAUUCUCUCAGCCUUUGCACUGACGAAUUAAUGAUUCACAUGAAAAAUCGCGGAUUGGAUGCCGAAAACCAGCGAGAGUUCAAACGCUGUUUUACAGAGGGUCUGUGCUCCAGAAAGCAACACCCACGAGGAGACACCCCUGAAGACGAAGAAUCUUUACACCGGGGCCGCAGCGAUCCCCGCGCUGCCAGCGGCUCUUCCCCCUCACGGCCGCGCCUGCGCCCCUGGCCCGCCCCUCACGGCAGCUGCGGGGCUUCCGCGGGGCCGCGGCAGGGGCUGCGCGCGCCCCGCCCGCGGCGGGAACGGGCCCGGCAGCAGGUGUAAGGACUGCAGCACUGAAAAGGAAACACCAGCUCUGUGGAGCUCAUGUGGAAAGUGGUGACAGACCAGGAGAACACUUGCACGAUUGUGAUGUAGCUGCCUCAGGUCCAUGCUGUUGGCUGGAACAGUAGGUUGAAUCUUUCUGAACUAUGCCAAGAAAAAGAAAGUUGUUGGCUCAAUUAAGUGCUCUUCAAAACACCAGCAGCUUCCCUCAGAUCAAUGCCGUGGAGCAGCUGAACACUACACCUGGAGCAGAUUCUUCUCCAAAAAGCAGCAAAUAUUUUAUGAUAGAGAAAAAAAAUUCUCCUCAGCUACAAGAAGAUUUUUUCAACCAGCCCUGUGUUAGUCUGGCCAAGUCCUUUCUGGGACAGAUUUUAGUUCGCAAACUUCCUGAUGGCAGAGAGCUCUGGGGCAGGAUUGUUGAAACAGAAGCUUAUCUGGGUGGGGAAGAUGAAGCUUCCCACUCGAAAGGUGGGAAGCAAACACAACGGAACGCAGCAAUGUUCAUGAAACCAGGAACUCUGUACGUGUAUCAGAUCUACGGGAUUUAUUUCUGCAUGAAUGUUUCCAGCCAAGGAGAAGGGGCUGCAGUGCUGCUGCGAUCCUUGGAGCCUCUGCAGGGCUUGGAUGCCAUGAGGGAGCUGCGCAGCGCCUCCAGGAAAGCUCCCAGCAGGCUGCUCAAGGACUGGCAGCUCUGCAAUGGGCCCUCCAAGCUCUGCCAGGCAUUUGGCAUCGACAAGGCUUUUGACCAAAGGGACCUGACUCAGGAUGCUGCCAUCUGGAUGGUGCCUGGACAGGACCCGCCGGGGGAGCAGGACGUGGUGGCCACCACCAGGAUUGGCAUUGGCAACAGGGGAGAGUGGGCACAGAAACCACUCAGGUUUUAUUUACGAGGAAACAGAUUUGUGAGUGUUGUAGACAAGAAAAUAGAGAGAGAGAUGGCAGCAAGGGCACACUCCCCUGGCAGCUGACAAGUGUUGCAGGCGUCGCAGGGACCUGGACUUGAGCUGUGCUCUGCACAAUGGCCUCAAGCUGCAUCAUGGCAGAUAGAGGGGCUUGGGGGGUUUUUAACAAUAAAUGUACUUUGUCACAAUGAAUGGGGCAAGGUGGAGCUUUAUUUGCAGGAGACUGGCAUGGGCCUCCCAGCCAGAACUGAGGCUGGUUUUGGACACUUGGGCCACUGAAGGCCACUUGCUCCCUUGCCAGCGGAUCUAGGCUUAAUUAGGGUGGGUGAGAGGAGGGGUCACAGCUCUGGGCUGCUGCCAUCACUUCAGCCCCCAGCAGAGGCCGGUGCUUGUUUGCUGCAGGGAAAUAGUUAAAAAAUUGGGUGGCAGCAGAGCAGACUGAAAGGAUGGGAGCUGGGAGAGAAGGAUGUAAAGGGAGGAUCUUACUGUUGUCUGCAGCUACCUCAGGGGAGGGGAUAGAGAAGACAGCCAGGCUGCUCUCAGACAGGAUGAGAGGCAACAGGCCCCCAGCUGGAAAACAGGAAGUUCUCAUUAGCUCUGUGGAAAAAAAUUUCCCCAUGGGGGUGGUCAAACACUGGAACAGGGGCCCAGAGAAAGCUGUGGGCCAUUCACACCUCCACAGACAGGGUCCUGAGUGACCUGAGCUAACACCUUUCAUUUGAGCAGAGUCCCCUUCCAACCUCUACCUACCUCUAAUGUCCAGCUCAGAGAACAAGAAUGGGUUUUUCUUCAUUUUCCCAGCUGAUUUUGAAACCAGUUCAGAACUUAGCACUGUGUGAACUCACCCAGUUGGUGUGGGCAAGUGAAGCUGCUCCUGAGAGCUCUGGGAAAAGGUCCAGCCUCACACAGGCAGGGGUGAGCUGGCACAAGCUCCUGCUGUCCCCAGGCCCUGGCAUGGCUGGAGGAGCAGUCCCAAACCAGAGCAGGAAAUGUAUCCCUGUUUCUCACUUUCCUGCUGGAUAGCUUUAACCCAGGCCAGGAUCCCUGUCUGGUUCCCUGCAGCCACAGCCAUGCUUGUGGGAGAGGGACUGGAGGGACAAAACAAGCCCUGGAGGACAAGCCUGAGCCUGAGUGCCCCCAGCACCAGGCUCUGGGUGGAACAGGUCCUGAACUUGCAGCUUGGCCAGCACCUUUCAGUCCUGC